AUGGCUGUAUACACGCCCCCCUCAGACACCAACAGCAAUCCUGACCACCCUCACUCGCAAGAGGAGCAUGACAAAGACGAUAAUGACAUCAAGAAAUUUUACAUAAGGCCAAGCUUGGGCCUGAAGCUAUGGGGGCCCCUGGUGCCCGCACCCGACAACCUGUCGGGCCUAUACACGCUAGUCGCCGUCCAGUCCGCAGUGGGUAUCUUUGCCCUCUGGAGACUCAAGAGACUCUACAGACUACCGCCACUGCGCCGCACCGCCACUCACACUAAAUCGGAAUUGGCCUUUGGCGAGCUGCCCAGUGAAAUGAUCGUCAAGGGCAAGACCACCAUCAGAAAGGACAUUGCCGAUUUCCCCACGCUGAACCGCUUCUCCACCACCCAUGGCGACAUCGUGCUCGCUCCACCCCCCAUCAUACCUCGCCAGACCCGCUUCAUCACCUUCAGGAAACUCGUGUGGGGGUUGUUUGGCUCGCUGCUGUUGUCCCAAUCCCUUCUGGAACUGACCCGCUUGAACUUCCUCAAAUACGACCCUUGGUGCGACGAAAUGAAAUCCGUGCGUGACAAGAAGUUCUUCAACAACAUCGUCAAGUACUACCACGAGGGCAUAGACCCCACCAAGAUAAAGGUCAAGGACGCCAUGAACGGCACGCCGCUGUCGACAAACAUCCCCGAGGUUAAGCAGAGCGUCGCCCUCGCUAGAGCCCAAGUGGAGGCACAAAACCCCAUCAUCAGGUGGUUCGGACCCUUGGAAUACAAGCCUAUGUCCUUCAACGAGUACCUCAAUCGCAUGGAAUUCCACUUGGACAUGUUCGAGUUUUUCCAAAACAAAAGAAACAUCAGAGAAAACUCUAUCGAGCUGAUCAACUCGAUAUCCCAGUCCUCUGCAGGCCUGGAAGACCUUUCCGAGUGUAAGAAGCUACAUUUACAGAACGUCGAAAAGAGACUGCAUUUCCUGGCAUCCUCGAAGGAUGCCACCCCCGCGCCAGAGAAAAGGAGAACCAACACCAUGCUUUCACGAGGAGUCGUCUUGCCCCACGACACCAACGCUCCGCAAGAUAUAGACCUAGAUACAAUAAGAUCGCUGUACGAUCCGUGGAUGACUUUGGCCUUGGAAACUUCUCUAAGCAUAAAAUUCAUACCCACCACUAUGCCCUCCCACACCAAGACUCCCACCACAACCGAUUCUCCAGGUCCAGGCCCCACACCUAAGGCCAUCACYAAUGAAAAGACACAUUAA